CCCGAACUUCGAGUUCAUUGCCGUUGAUGUCCUACGUGUCGUGACCCCAUCAACAUCAGAGAGUAAUACGCAGGCGUGCCUUCGAUCCAUCCACAUCAUGCAGCCUCCAGAAAAGGGGUCAAACCCCAGGUCUCGCUCCGGUGACGGAACUCUCGAUCUUCAGAGCCACAAAUCACCAGUCACCCGUGCGCCGUCAUCCAAUCUUUCAAGGGUAUGGCAUUAUCUGAACGAGGACAUCCGUGUUUCCUGCCUCGCCGAGCUCGAGCUACUGAUCCUGACCUUCUGCAUCGGCCUUCAAGAUGCCGUGUCCUUCCCCGACUUCCACUGCUUCGCGUCCAACCAAACGGGCAACACCGUCUUCCUGGUACUCGCCGUCGUGCUCCCCGAAGUCAACGGCGACAUGUUCGUGACGGCCAACAUCGGCGUCGCCCUGGGCUUCUUCCUCGCCGCCGCCUGGCUGACGGGCCAGCUGGGCCACGUCGUCGGCGCCCGCCGCCGCCUGUGGCUCGUGUUCUGCAACCUCGCGCAGAGCUGCCUCGUCCUCGCCGCCGCCGCGGUGCAGUACCUCAACCGCCCCCCCGGCGGCCCGCUCGCGCCGCUCGACGGCGCCUGGACCACGAUGCCCGGCACCCUGUGGGCCAUCGGCCUGCUGGCCACCGCGGCCGGCAGCCAGGUGGUGCUGUCGCGAUCGCUGCGCCUGACCGAGAUCUCGACCGCCAUGGCCACGGCCGCCUGGCUCGACCUGGUGAUCGACCGGGACCUGUUUGCGCUGAGGAACAGGCCGAGGAAUCGGCGGAUCGGCUUCCUGGCCGCCCUCAUCCUGGGCACGCUGGCCGGCGCGUUCAUAUUCCGGCGCGUGGGCUCGCCCGCUGCGUUAAUGGUGUCUGGCGCGGGGAAGAUGUUGGUGACGGUCAUGUUCCUGUUUAAUGGGGCGGAAAAGCCCAAGGUGACGGACCCCGAGGAUUCGGCUUGA